AUGGGGUGUGGUGAGGCGAGGGCACUGCUCUGGAGAGUCGGCCUCCUCAUCCCCCUGCUGACAGCGCGCCCCGCCGCCGCCGGGCACGUCGCCAGCAACCACGUUGUGUUACUUGAUACUACAACUGCCCUGGGAGAACUAGGAUGGAAAACAUUUCCCUUAAAUGGGUGGGAUGCCAUAACUGAAAUGGAUGAACACAACCGUCCCAUCCACACUUACCAGGUGUGCAACGUGAUGGAGCCCAACCAGAACAACUGGCUGCAAACCAACUGGGUCUCCCGCGACGCCGCGCAGAAGAUCUACGUGGAGAUGAAGUUCACCCUGAGGGACUGCAACAGCAUUCCCUGGGUGCUGGGGACCUGCAAGGAAACGUUCAAUCUCUACUACAUGGAGUCAGAUGAGCCUCAUGGAGUAAAAUUCAAGCCAAACCAGUACACCAAAAUUGAUACCAUAGCUGCUGAUGAGAGCUUCACCCAGAUGGACUUGGGCGACCGCAUCCUCAAGCUCAACACGGAAGUGCGUGAAGUUGGGCCCAUCAACAAGAAGGGAUUUUAUCUGGCUUUCCAGGACAUUGGAGCGUGCAUUGCUUUGGUGUCAGUCCGUGUCUAUUACAAGAAAUGCCCUUUCACGGUCCGUAAUUUGGCCAUGUUUCCUGACACCAUUCCAAGGGUGGAUUCUUCCUCGCUGGUGGAAGUACGGGGCUCCUGUGUGAAGAGCGCUGAGGAACGGGACACCCCAAAGUUGUAUUGUGGGGCAGAUGGGGAUUGGCUGGUGCCUCUGGGACGAUGCAUCUGCAGUGUGGGAUAUGAAGAGCUGGAGGGUUCCUGUCAUGCUUGCAGGCCUGGAUUCUAUAAAGCAUUUGCUGGAAAUGUGAAGUGCUCCAAGUGCCCUCCACACAGCUUGACUCACAUAGAAGCAACUUCUGUCUGUCAGUGUGAGAAAGGUUAUUUCAGAGCUGAGAAGGACCCACCAACCAUGGCAUGUACCCGGCCACCUUCUGCUCCGAGGAAUGUGGUUUUUAACAUCAACGAGACAGCUCUGAUGCUGGAGUGGAGCCCCCCGAGCGACACGGGCGGGAGGAAGGAUCUCACCUACAGCGUGGUGUGCAAGAAGUGCGGCUCGGACGCCAGCCAGUGCGAGAUGUGCGGCGGGGGCAUCCGCUUCAUCCCGCGCCACACGGGGCUCACCAACUCCUCCGUCACCGUGCUCGACUUCGUGGCCCACGUCAACUACACCUUCGAGAUCGAGGCCACCAACGGCGUCUCGGAGCUCAGCUUCUCCCCCAAGCAGUUCACAGCCAUCACGGUCACCACUGACCAAGAUGCACCCACCUUGAUAGGUAUGGUAAGGAAGGACUGGGCUUCCCAAAACAGCAUUGCCCUCUCCUGGCAAGAGCCGGACUUUCCCCAUGGAGCAAUUCUGGACUACGAGAUCAAGUACUAUGAGAAAGUCUACCCACGGAUAGCGCCGGCAUUUUGGCACUACCUGCGGGUAGAAGAGCAUGAGCAGCUCAGCUAUUCCUCCACAAGGUCCAAGGCUCCAAGUGUUAUCAUCACAGGUCUCAAGCCAGCCACCAAGUACAUAUUUCAUAUCAGAGUCAGGACGGCAGCAGGAUACAGCGGCUAUAGCCAGAAGUUUGAAUUUGAAACUGGAGAUGAAACUUCUGAUAUGGCUGCAGAGCAGGGACAGAUUCUUGUCAUUGCCACUGCUGCUGUGGGUGGAUUCACUCUGCUGGUCAUCCUCACUUUGUUCUUCCUCAUCACUGGCAGAUGCCAGUGGUACAUAAAGGCCAAAAUGAAAUCUGAGGAGAAAAGAAGGGCUCAUUUGCAAAAUGGACACUUACAUUUCCCAGGACUCAAAACAUACAUAGAUCCAGACACUUAUGAAGAUCCAUCUCUUGCUGUCCAUGAGUUUGCCAAGGAGAUUGAUCCUUCAAGAAUUCGUAUUGAAAGAGUCAUUGGGGCAGGGGAGUUUGGGGAGGUUUGCAGUGGACGUCUGAAGACACCAGGAAAAAGAGAGAUCCCUGUUGCCAUAAAAACUCUGAAGGGUGGCUAUAUGGACAGGCAGAGGAGAGAUUUCCUGAGGGAGGCGAGUAUUAUGGGACAGUUUGAUCACCCAAAUAUCAUUCGCCUGGAAGGAGUUGUUACAAAAAGAUCCUUUCCGACCAUUGGGGUGAAGUCUCUUUCCAGAUUCCUGAGGGCGGGAUUUUUAAAUGGCAUCCUGGCCUCACAUCCAGUGGCAGGGGGUGGAUCUUUACCCCCCAGCAUUUCCUCUGGCAGACCAGUGAUGAUUGUAGUUGAAUACAUGGAGAACGGAUCCCUUGACUCCUUCCUGCGGAAGCACGACGGGCACUUCACGGUGAUCCAGCUGGUGGGAAUGCUGCGGGGCAUUGCCUCUGGCAUGAAGUACCUGUCGGACAUGGGCUACGUGCACCGGGACCUGGCGGCGCGCAACAUCCUCGUCAACAGCAACCUCAUGUGCAAGGUCUCAGACUUCGGCCUCUCACGGGUGCUGGAGGAUGACCCCGAAGCUGCCUACACCACAAGUGGUGGGAAGAUCCCCAUCAGGUGGACUGCUCCGGAAGCCAUCGCUUACCGCAAGUUCUCCUCUGCCAGCGAUGCCUGGAGCUACGGAAUUGUCAUGUGGGAGGUGAUGUCCUAUGGAGAGAGGCCCUACUGGGAGAUGUCCAACCAGGAUGUUAUACUGUCCAUUGAAGAGGGCUACAGGCUUCCAGCUCCCAUGGGCUGCCCAGCUUCCCUUCACCAGCUCAUGCUUCACUGCUGGCAGAAGGAGAGGAACCACCGUCCCAAAUUCAGUGACAUUGUCAGCUUCCUGGACAAGCUGAUCCGCAACCCCAGCACCCUUCACACCCUAGUGGAGGAUGUCCUUGUAAUGCCAGAUUCACCUGGUGAAGUUCCAGAAUAUCCUUUGUUUGUUUCAGUCAGUGACUGGCUGGAUUCCAUAAAAAUGGGUCAGUAUAAAAAUAACUUCAUGGCAGCAGGUUUCACAACUUUGGAUAUGGUUUCAAGAAUGAAUAUUGAUGACAUUAGAAGAAUUGGAGUUGCACUCAUUGGACACCAGAGACGAAUAGUCAGCAGUUUACAGACUUUGCGGUUACACAUGAUGCACAUACAGGAGAAAGGAUUUCAUGUAUGAAAGUAAUAGAAGCAACUGUGUUUUGUGCCUCAGCAUUUCUAAAAUGGAAAAAUAUUCUCAUUCUUCCCUCCUGCUCUUCCCAACUUCAAGAACUGCAGUCUCCAGUUCAGACUAUACAAGUACUUCUAUGUUAAUGCUUCCAAACCGGAAUUUUUAAUCACACUGCACAGCUCCUCCACCAGUUCUCUGCCGAUAAAAUCCUGGCCUACUGCAAGACUCUUGCUACACAUUGAUGAAUAACUCAGCAUGGAUGUGUAACUUUGUAUUACAGUAUUUGGGAAACUUUCAUGGACUUACUUGAAAGUAGUAAUCUAUUUGGCCUGGUGUGGC